AUGAGCUACGGCGGCUGGAGCGUCGGAGACAUCAUCCAGGGCAUCAGGCUGGCAUGGUCCAUCUACGAGGCCGUCGGGGUGGGAAUGAGAUCGGCCAAGGGAGAAUUCGCCGCAUUCCGAGUUGAAUUCAAUCUCAUCAAGUGUGCCCUAGAAAGGCUGGAAGAGGUCGCCGCCAACUGUCCCGGAGAGGAUCUCGACCUGGGGAAGGGCUAUGAGCUAACACUUUCACGAUGCGCUGACUUUAUCAAGAAACAUGAAUCGCUCAGUAAAGAGGCUCAAUCACUGCCCAUCGAGGAAACCAGGAGACGGCCGAGUUUCGGGGAGAGGAUGGUCGGUCUAUGGGACAAGGUCUCUUGGCCGUUGGAGCGUGAAGAGGCCGAGAAGCUGCGAGUCAGCUUGGAUCGAUAUGUCCAGAUUGCUAUCCUCAAGGUCACUUCCAGUACCAGAGACGUGACGAGGCAGUUGGCGAGAGAUUCGGAGCAGGCCAGAGUUGACCACCUGGAGAUACUCAGGGCAGUCAAAACUAUGAGUGUCCAAGUCUCCUCGAUCCUUAAACGAUGUCUGCCUGACGGUGCUCCCAAUGAUCCAACCCCCGAUGCGAAAUAUCUCGCCAGACUGCAACGCCGUCAUCUAUCCUCGCUGCUCGACCCUCUCCCAGGCCUCAACGCCAUCCCGGAAGACGAUGUCCUCUCACAGUCCGACAGCCAGGCCGCGCUACAAAGGAUCCAGGAUAUAACAGACAGACUCGGGCAUUUGGCCUUGCGCCUGGAUACCAUCGGGAGACAAAUGACACCAUCCCCAGAACGCAUCCAGCCGGUCAAACGCACGAAUACAAACGACAGCAUUGGUAGCGACACGACUAUUGUUGCCCCGUUUGUCGACUUACUGAACCAAAUCGGCGACGAGGUAAGAGAGGCCCUCGACAAAGUUGGGUAUGAGCACGUCGUCAUCCCCAGCCAGCAAACUGGACUCCACGGCACUGGAAAGUCAUCAAAGGUGCUGAACAACGCAGUAGAUGACUGGGACCAGUUUAAGGACUGGCUGCAGUUUCAGCUCGUUCAUUCUUUAGAAAUGCCCUCACGUCUAGACCUACACCCUGCUUCUCCUGAACUACAUCCACUUCCAAAGACACCCCCGUACGGCUCAUCGCCUCCUGCAAGCUCAUAUUUGACACCCUCACCACGAUGGAUACCUCAGGACCAUCUAACAACCUUGUCUCGCCCUCCGUCAAUUGACCUAAACUACCCUCAGUCCCCGUCAUCCGUUGAUUCAUCCUCAUGGGACCGAAAAUCCAGCUUACAAUCUCUGCCACUCACUCAUCGCCCUGUCACAGUACUAUUCCCAGACAGCCAAAACCCCAAGAGCUCCCUCCAUCGCCCAGUUACAUGCCAGCUAGCUGUCUACCUCCACCCCAGAACCAACGAGCCAGACUUGAUAGAAGGCACAGACCCCGAGACAGGAAUAAAACUCACGCACUCACUCAAACGAGAACGCUCAUCCAGAAACACCGAGACGUCCAUGACCCCAUACAUUCGGCACAGCCGGCACUCCUCCCCGCUCAGCAUUACAUUCAUGGGCUCGCACCGGCUGAAGCUCGAGCAGGAGAGCAAAGUCCAUCGAUGGCACAUCUCGCCUGUUUAUAUCUGCCAGGAUAAGCAAGACUUCGAUAUGUUCCAGAGUACCCUGCUCCGCCGAAGCGUGUUAUUCUGUGGCGAUGUGUCUUGUAUCCAGACAAGUAGCAUGCUGGAACACUGCUCGCAGGAAACAGUCCGCGUCUUACAGGAUCCUAUCACCGGCUCGAUAUCAAUCCUGUACUUUGCAUCCAACCGAGGGUCACAGACUACCCUCAAGGGGUUUCUUGAUUUACCAGUAACGGAUUUCUCACUCCCCCAGAAAGCUGGCAAACCCCGUCUCAAACUCCCCCUCCAGCGCGCUCAGAAAGACGGAAUUGGCGGUACCAUUCUGCGUCGAAACUCGGUGGAAAGCUCAGUGACGACCCUGUCACAAGAGUCUCGCACGUCCCGUGGCUCGGCGGUCUCGUCGUGCUCCGAUACGUGGAAGAAGGAGAAGUGGGUGCAGUUUUGUUUUGAGACUGAUCGAGGGGCAGAGGCAUUUCUCAGGGCGUUGCAGAGUCAGCCUUGA